AGGCAUUUGUUGCUUAUUUGCCGGGCCUCUUGCAUGCAGUUCUCCCAACAUCCCUGUGAGGUGGUGAUGCUUAUCCCCAUUCUCCAGCGGAGGAAGCUGAGGCCCAGAGAGGUGAAGUCAUUUGCCACAAAAUCCCCCAGCCAAAUGGUAGUAGAACCAGGUUUUCAGCCAGACUCACUAGCUCACGGCAGAGCUGCCCUGGAGUCUGCAGCCAUUCAUUCUAUAGCCGGGCCGCUCCAUCCUUCAAGGCAGUUCAACGUCAAGAUUCCUGAUCUGCCUCAACCUGAGGCCUCUAGAAGAUACCAUCACCCCGGACAAGCUGAAGACGUGUGUCUGUCCGGAACACUCAGACACACACAAAGUGCUAUGGAUACGCCACACCCCGACCUAGCUGUCUCUUCCCGAUGGACCUCACUGGGUACAAAUGCCUGGCACCGCCUGACUCGGCUCCCAAGUAGAGACAGGAUUUCACCAUGUUGGCCAGGCUGGUCUCGAACUCCUCACCUCGUGAUCUACCCACCUUGGCCUCCCAAAGUGCUGGGAUUACAGGCCUGAGCCACCGCACCCAGCCUGUCUCAGAGCCUUCAAUGUCCAGCUCGUGGCCCCUUGGCAUUUCCACAAGACGCCAAGAUGGAGAUUCCCAUGGGGACCCAGGGCUGCUUCUCAAAGAGCCUUCUGCUCUCAGCCUCAAUCCUGGUCCUCUGGAUGCUCCAAGGCUCCUAGGCAGCCCUCCACAUCCAGAAGAUUCCAGAGCAGCCUCAAAAGAACCAGGACCUUCUCCUGUCAGUCCAGGGUGUCCCAGACACCUUCCAGGACUUCAAUUGGUACCUGGGAGAGGAGAUGUAUGGAGGCACGAGGCUAUUUACCUACAUCCCUGGGAUACAACGGCCUGAGAGAGAUGGCAAUGCCAAUGGUUCCAUGCUGCUGCACCACACCCAGCCUACAGACAUUGGCACCUACCAAGUAGCCAUUACCAUCAACUCUGAAUGGACUAUGAAGGCCAAGACUGAGGUCCAGGUAGCUGGUAAGUGUUAGGGUCUGGGGAUGAGGUGAGGAAGCUAAUGAGCCCUGAGCAGCUACCACGCACCAGGUGCUGUGCAAACACCAUUUCAUUUGGUCCUCUUAUUCAUUCACUCGACACAUAUUGAGCGUCUACUGUGUAC